AUGGAAUCGGCGCAAAGCCCGCGGCAUGCUGCCUCCAACCACGAGCCAGCCGACCAGAGCCGCAGGUCGCGGGGUGAGCGCCGCAGCUCCCGGCAUUCACGACGACGCUCGACUGCCUCCUCGUUGUCCGAACUUCCCAGCACGCAGGGUCUCAAUGUGGCACUGACCUUGGCACAGGGCACCACGAGCCCGCCGCGCUCAAAGCCGGCCUCAGAGACUAGCCGCAGAUCAAGCCGCAAAGCCAGCAUAUCUAGUCCCGGUUUUGCCCCUUGCUCGGCCUGUGGAAGCACCGCCUGGCCUGGCCACGCUGCCAACGAAUGCCUCAUGUGCGAUGGCAAAUAUGUGCUCUGUGCCAACUGCUUCCCGCCAGCCCCCGAUCAGCAUGAGCAUGACCAAGAUGCCUUUCUCGAUGGAGAUCCGCCCCGGGCCAGCACGGUGGCAGCUGUGGUUCCUGCUGCCAAUGCCACGCUGCCCCGGUCCCCCCCUCCUCACCAAGUCCUCGAGAGCUCCUCACAGAGCGAGAACCAGUCGAGUGAGGCAGACCUGGAGCAAGAACUGGCUGUCCUCCUAGGCAUAUCUCCUCCGCCCUCUUCUCUCGCAGUGACCCAACCCGAACCCACGUCCACACCCGACAGCACCCCGGUUGACGCGCAUGAGCUGGUCCAAGAUAGGAGAAGUGCCGACAACCCGAUGCCUGAAAUUUUGGCCCCGUCCAAAUCUGGUGGAGUGGACGACAGACCAGAUACCCUCGUGCGCAAGGCCAGGGCGGACAAUGACGUGUCCCGGAUAGGCCGCAUGAGCAGCAGCGAGCGCAUUCAGCGCGUCCGUCAGCGCAAGCAACGCGUGGAUCAGGCUGCCAAAGAAGCACUUCUGGCUUCCGUCUCGGCCACAGCUGAGCGGCAUCUGGCAGCUCAGACUCGCCGUGAGCAGAAGCAAGCGGCUAUUCAUGACAAUCUAGAUGCGCGCAUCGAAGCCGUUCAAGCACGCAAGGCGCAGUUGGAAGGCGCCCAUGCCGCACGUGUGUUGGCGGAGCUAUCUCAAAAAGAACAGCAGUUCAUCGCCCGGCAGCAGCAGCUUCAGCAGGAGCAACGGCGCCGCCAGCGCCAGCCAUCUUCCCCAGACCAACCCAGGCACCAGGCUCUGCACCCUGGUCGCUUUGCUGGCCACCCGGGUCAAUUGGGUCAUCGCUUCGCUGCCCCCAUACAAACACUGCCAGCGCCGUGGCUUCAGCGGGCCACUGACACAGAACGCACUGCUUCCACGGACGCCUGGCGUGCUCAGCGGGCCCAAUACUGGCAUGAUGUUGAUGUUCGCGUCCAUGCCCUCCAAAGCCAGCUCGACGCGCAUGCACCCUUUGCUGCUAGCCGCAACUUGGUGCAGGACAUGUCGAAUGUGGCCGUCUUCCUACAUGCCUGCCAGACACAAUAUGUCGCACGUGUUCUUGCCGAUGCGCUCGUUCCGCUUUCUUUAACCGAGGGCUGCAAUCUGGCUGGAGACAAUCUUGCACGAAACAGUGCCUCAGCCGUGCUAGACGAUAUCACAGAGGCUGCCCUCAUGACGACGGCAGCCUGGGAUCAAGUGCAGGAGCAACAAGCUAGCUCUCAGGCACAAGCUCUUCUGAUGCUCGUGACUCGCGCUGCCUUGACCACGGCGCAAACACAUGGGCCGUUCUUGUUACAUAACGCUACGCAGCUUCCCCCACAUCAAGGCCAUCUUUGCUUGCUCGGCGCUUGGCACUCAACCACAACCACAGCAGAUGUACAGGCAUGCGCUCUGGGCACGUGGCGUGACGGCUUGUGGCAUAUUGUUGCCACCCUUGAACCAACGCCACCUGCCCUGGAUUCAACCUGCCGGCACUCGCAAGCAUGGGCCUUACUAACACAGUGCAUCAAGAGACAUGGCACCGCACUCGAUAUGGCUUGGUCUGAGCCAGACACAGUGACGUCUCCAGGCGAACUUCCAGACACGGUAGUCGUUGAGGCCGGCACGCAACAGGCAACAAUGCUUAUCGUCAUGCUGGACUUUUCGUGUGCACAGCGGACUGCGGAUGGCACAAUUCAGAAUCUGCAGGCUCUUGAUGCCGUGUGGGCAUCACGAGCAGAGGCGAUUCAACUGGCUCAGCAAGGAGCUGAAAAGUUGGCCGGGGUUGCAUCGCCCACCGAAGCAAAGGCGCAAGCUGAGGAUCAACCCGUCACAGCGGCCAUCGAAGUAGGCGACGCCGUAACAUUGAAGGCGCCUGCCGAAACCCCUUUGCCUACUUCAGAGAUUCCCGUGGAAAUGGCUUUGAGAAAUUUAUUCCAAGCCUUUGUGGGGGAAGACACCGUCGCUUUCGCCCCAGACAUUUAUGUGCGCGUCAAAAUUUUGAUCGAUGCUUUUCGCAAAUGGGUAUCGGGCUUACCGCGAGACCACGAGCUUUUGGUUGCGCUCUCCGAACCGCAGUACGUGGGCUUGACGCGCCUGCCCAAUUUCAAAGGCGAGGAUCUUUUACCUUUCCUCGCACCACAUGGCGUUGAUCUCGUCAAGGCUCGGAAGCGCUAUCCCCGCGUGUCGGGUCGCCAUGUGCAUGGCGCUUUUUUUGUUGGGUGUGACCUGGCUUCAACCAUUACAUCAGAGCCCAAGCUCGUGGAAAAUUCACAAACUUUGAGCGCGCUGGUUCAUGAGGCUGCCCCCCUUGAAGCACUUGCGCAGGGAGAAGAACCGGGGUCCUCUUCCCCGGCUGCGUCAUUGGAGGCAGUUGCGGCCUCUUCUAAAACAGAGGCUGCCACACAGGUUGAGGGGCGCGAGUACACGGAUCUCCUUCGUCUUUUGGUGGAUGAUUUACAACACGCCGGCGUGGGAUUGUCCACGUCAACCCUUGAGGCGCUACAAACCCUUCCUGGAGCUGCUAGCGUGGGAGAGCGCGUGUGGGCUGUUUUGUCUCAGCACCGCAGUGCAUCUUCUUCCAUCAACACCCACCCACCAUUGACAUCGACCCCUUCUGAAGUCUUGCCCUCCCCACCUCCGGCCCCGCCCCCACCUCCACCUCCGCCCCCGCCUCCUCCUGGUGCCCCAGGUGCACCACCACCUCCGCCACCACCUCUGCCAGGCAUUCCCGGUGCACCACCACCUCCGCCGCCACCUCCGCCAGGCAUUCCCGGUGCACCACCACCUCUGCCGCCACCUCCGCCGCCACCUCCGCCAGGCAUUCCCGGUGCACCACCACCUCUGCCGCCACCUCCGCCAGGCAUUCCCGGUGCACCACCACCUCCUCCGCCUCCGCCAGGCAUCCCUGGUGCUCCUCCCCCUCCACCCCCAGGCAUCCCUGGUGCUCCUCCUCCUCCAUUAGGUGGACCCGGUGGCCUUGUGGCCAAACCAGUCGGUCCCCGCAAACCAGUCAUUCAGCCGGAGAAGAAAAUGCGACCAUUGUUUUGGAAUCGGAUCCUCCUCGACCCAGCCAUGCUGGCUACGGCCUCAACCCCGAUGCCACCAGCUCCGGUUCUUGGCGAAGCUAGCAAUGUCAAACCCGACAGCACCAUGGUGGAAGCCAACGAAGAUGACGGUUGCUUGUGGGUCAAACUCGAGGAAACGCCCUUUGACACCAACGAGUUUGAAGCAACCUUUAGCCAGAAGCCCAGCGCCACGCGCAAGACUCAAGAGGCCGAAGAUAAUGGUCAGCAAGGCAAGCCCAAGGCAGCUCGAACUUUCACUGCCUUAGAUGGCAAACGUGCGCAAGCCGUGGGUAUCCUGCGUGGAUCUAUCAAGCUUGACCCUGCUGCCAUCGGCUCGGCUCUCUAUGCCAUGGAUGAGAACCAAUGCAAGCUGGAGAAGAUCAAGUCCCUGUACGAGAAUCGUGCAACCGCUGAGGAGUUGGACUUGAUCAAGUCGCACAUCAACGGACCAGAUGCAGAAAAGGUGCCCCUGGCGCCUGCAGAUGAGUUUCUCCUCCGUGUGAGCGAGAUUGAUCACUUUGCGUUGCGAGCAGAAUGUUGGCUCUUUCGAGCCAACUUUGCCGAAAAUGCCCUCGAUUUGCAAGAACGUGUCACUGCUCUCGGCCGGGCCUGCGACCGCUUGCGAAGCUGCAAGGCCAUCCCGACCCUUUUGGGGCUUAUCUUGGCGCUGGGCAACUACAUGAAUGGCGGGACGAAGCGUGGGCAGGCUGACGGUUUUUCACUCAACAUUUUGACCAAAAUUCGCGACGUUAAAUCGCAGGAUAAUAGCUCAAACUUGCUCAACUACGUCGUCAAGGAAAUGGCUUCUCAGCCACUGACUGAUGAUGUGGAGGAGACGACCUGCCCUCUGCCUGACGCCUCUGUGUUUGCUGCUGCGCAGCAAGUCACUUUUGAGGACUUGGAGGGGGAUGUCACACGGCUCGAGCGCGAGCUUCAGGCGUGCAGUCGUAGGGUUGAUCGCAUCAUUUCCGAUGUGCAAGAGGAGGAACUCGUUCAUCCAUUCCAGGAACAGAUGGAGCGCUUUUUAGACAACGCCAAGGGGCUACUCAAAAAGGCUCGAGAGGAUCUGGGGCAUGCGUCGACAGCUUUCACGCGGUUGAUCAAGUGGCUCAUGUUUUCCACCAAUGGCGGGGGAACACCGACCCCGGCAGACUUUUUCGAGAUUUGGGCCACAUUUGUCGGUCAAUUUGAGGAGGCUUGGGCUGCUGAACAGAAGAUUCGAGCCCGCAAGAAGUUAGAGGCAGCUCAGCUCGCGCGGCAAGAGCAGGCUGGAAAAGCUCGCGUUCGCAAAGCGAAGGCUUCCGGACUCAAGUCCAAGCUCAAACGAAAGCUCAGCGCUACGCCCAUCCAGUAG